GGAGUGGGGUGAGAGGUGAAUUAUAGACACAAGGGGCUCCUCUGCAGGAAGAAGCCAAGGAAAAGAGGCUUGAAAGGCUUGAUAUUUCACCCACCACAACUCACUGCCAGAGUAAGCGGGGCUCCCCUUCCCAGGGCUGAGGGGAGGGGGGGGUGUGUGCUCUCCCAGGGCUGAGAAGUGGCAGGUGAGCUGGUGAUUCCUUACUGCCCGGGUUCUGUCUAGGAAGGUGCGUCCUCACCAUGCUGGACGGUGUCCCUAGUCCAGGAGCGCCCCCUGAACUCCUGGCCUAGACUCCAAAGGGUUGGGUAGAUGAGCAAAGACCUUACAAAGACCUUAGGCGAUAUGUGUCCAGGAGCGCCCAGGAAUUACUGGGCUACCACUGCAGACUGCAGGACAACCUCCAAGAACAGGAAGGAAGUCUUGCAGCUGAAGGGAGGCACUCCUUGGCCUCCACAGCCGACCACAUGAAGGUGGUGCCAAGCCUCCUGCUCUCCGUCCUCCUGGCACAGGUGUGGCUGGUACCCGGCUUGGCCCCCAGUCCUCAGUCGCCAGAGGCCCCGGCCCCUCAGAACCAGACCAGCAGGGUAGUGCAGGCUCCCAGGGAGGAAGAGGAAGAUGAGCAGGAGGCCAGCGAGGCGAAGGCCGGUGAGGAAGAGAAAGCCUGGCUGAUAGCCAGCAGGCAGCAGCUUGCCAAGGAGACUUCAAACUUUGGAUUCAGCCUGCUGCGAAAGAUCUCCAUGAGGCACGAUGGCAACAUGGUCUUCUCUCCAUUUGGUGUGUCCUUGGCCAUGACAGGCUUGAUGCUGGGGGCCAAAGGGCCGACCGAAACUCAGACCAAGAGAGGGCUCCACUUGCAGGCCCUGAACCCCACCAAGCCCGGGCUCCUGCCUUCCCUCUUUAAGGGACUCAGAAAGACCCUCUCCCGCAACCUGGAACUGAGCCUCACACAGGGGAGUUUUGCCUUCAUCCAUAAGGAUUUUGAUGUCAAAGAGACCUUCCUCAAUUUAUCCAAGAGGUAUUUUGAUACAGAGUGUGUGCCUAUGAAUUUUCGCAAUGCCUCACAGGCCAAAAGGCUCAUGAAUCAUUACAUUAACAAAGAGACUCAGGGGGAAAUUCCCAAACUGUUUGAUGAGAUUAAUCCCGAAACCAAAUUAAUUCUUGUGGAUUACAUCUUGUUCAAAGGGAAAUGGCUAACCCCAUUUGACCCUGUCUUCACCGAAGUCGACACUUUCCACCUGGACAAGUACAAGACCAUUAAGGUGCCUAUGAUGUAUGCUGCAGGCAAGUUUGCCUCCACCUUUGACAAGAAUUUUCGUUGUCAUGUCCUCAAACUGCCCUACCAAGGAAAUGCCACCAUGCUGGUGGUCCUCAUGGAGAAAAUGGGUGACCACCUUGCCCUUGAAGACUACCUGACUACAGACUUGGUAGAGACAUGGCUCAGAAACAUGAAAACCAGAAACAUGGAAGUUUUCUUUCCAAAGUUCAAGCUAGAUCAGAAGUAUGAGAUGCAUGAGCUGCUUAGGCAGAUGGGAAUCAGAAGAAUCUUCUCACCCUUUGCUGACCUUAGUGAACUCUCAGCUACUGGAAGAAAUCUCCAAGUAUCCAGGGUUUUACAAAGAACAGUGAUUGAAGUUGAUGAAAGGGGCACUGAAGCAGUGGCAGGAAUCUUGUCAGAAAUUAUUGCUUAUUCCAUGCCUCCUGUCAUCAAAGUUGACCGGCCAUUUCAUUUCAUGAUCUAUGAAGAAACCUCUGGAAUGCUUCUGUUUCUGGGCAGGGUGGUGAAUCCAACUCUCCUAUAAUUCAGGACAUGCAUAAGCACUUCGUGCUGCAGUAGAUGCUGAAUCUGAGGUAUGAAACACACACAGGAUACCAGCAAUGGAUGGCAGGGGAGAGUGUUCCUUUUGUUCUUAACUAGUUUAGGGUGUUCUCAAAUAAAUACAAUGGUCCCCACUUAUCUGCGGGGGAUACAUUCAAAGACCCCCAGCAGAUGCCUGAAACGGUGGACAGUGCUGAACCUUGUAUAUAUUUUUUCCUACACAUACAUACCUAUGAUAAAGUUUAAUUUAUAAAUUAGGCACAGUAAGAGAUUAACAACACUAAUAACAACAUUAAGUAAAGUGAGUUACUUGAACGCAAGCACUGCAAUACCACAACAGUCAAACUAAUUACAGAGAAGGCUACUAAGUGACUCAUGGGCGAGGAGCAUAGACAGUGUGGAGACAUUGGGCAAGGGGAGAAUUCACAUCCUGGGUGGGACAGAGCAGGACGAAGCAAGAUUUCCAUCCCACUACUCAGAAUGGCACACUGCUUAAAACUUUUAGAUUGUUUAUUUCUGGAAUUUUUCAUUUAAUGUUUUUGGACCAUGGUUGACCAUGGUUAACUGAGACUGCAGAAAGCAAAACCAUGGAUAAGGGAGGACUACUACAAAAGCAUUAAAUUGAUACACAUUUUUUAA